GGAUUUGCAGUCAAUAGUCAAUACAAAUAUUCCGUACAUGAAUCGUGGUCCAUAUAUAUUUUUCUCUGUCAACAACUCCAUCCUCCGCACCCCCCCAACCCUUACCCCCACCCAACAUUGAUAUAUACAUACUCUUUCAUGUAUCUAUAUUAAUAUAGUCCAGCUGUACGUUAUUAGUCUCUUGUUCAAAAUCCUAGUGUUUUGGUCAUCCAUAUAAAUAUAGUUGUAUCUCUCUAGUCUCUAUAGAAUAAUUGAUUUGAAGCAAAAGUUACCAAAUAUAUACAUACAUAAUAAAAUGGGAAUGAGCAGCAAGAUUAAUCAGAUGAUGACCGCUUCAUUUCCGCGGUGCAUCCACCGCAUCUCCUGCGUGCAUCUCCCGCCGGAUGACGCCGACGCCAAAAAGGGAAGCCGCCGCCGCGGCCGCCAUGGUUCCACAAUAAAUCUGAUAAAAUCAGACGGAGGCGUAGAGAUCUACAACCGACCCAUCAAAGCGUGGGAGGUAAUGGAGGAGUUCCCAAAGCACAUGGUAUGCCGAUCCGACAGCUUCUACAUCGGACAGAAAACACCCGCCCUCUCCCACCGCGACCGCCUCCUGCCGGGGCACAACUACUUCCUCCUUCCGGCAAACUUCUUCCAGUCAGCGUUGUCGUUCGCUACAUUCGUCCGGUGCCGAUCUGCUUUCGCGGCCGGGCGAACGAGACCGCCGUUCGAGUUGGAGAAGAGUCCGUGUGGGGGUCUAAGAAUCAAGGUCAUCGAUGAAAUGAUCUUGAAAAAUAAUAAAGAAUUAGAAGAAGGAAAAGUAAUCGGAGUAUGCACCACCCCUCAGCUGCGGAAAGAUUACGAUCUGCUUGUCCGGCGGCGCCACCACUGGAAGCCUAAGCUCGACACUAUUUCAGAGAAGAAGAAAUAUCAUAAUCAUAAUAAUAAUAAUAAUAAUAAUAAUAAUAAUAAUAAUAAUAAUAAUAAUAAUUCGGUAUUAUUAUUUGUAUGAUUAUAAUUAUAUAAGUAUUAGUGUGUUGUCAAUUCAUGUGUAUGUAGAGUCUGAUUGUAUAUGUUAUAGGGAACGCUUAUCAAUUCAAUCGAUGGUGAUUAACAGAUUAAUAGAUCAAAUUGAACACCGUGGAUUGGAGUAAUUUGUAUGUAUAUAUAAUUAUAUAUU